CUCCCCAACCUUAUCCGUAAAGACCUUUAAUCGUAUCCAUAUGCUUUCUGUCUUCUUCGACAGCCGGAAACUUUGCCGAUUCACCUUCCUCUGUGUCGCCAUCGACGAGAGCCGUCUCGCAUAGUCGCACUCUGGAGCCUGAGUAGCCGUUUCGCACACGCUCCUACGCUGUCUCGCACAGUCGCCAUCGCCGAGCGCCUGAGUAGCCGACUCCCUCAAUCGAAAUUGAAUCAGGCUUUCACCGCUUCAGCGCUGCACCCAAUCAGGCAAUCGCCGUCGUCCCUCAUCCUGACGACGACCAGUGGCAGCGAGCACGGAACAUCCUUCGCCUUUUCGUUCCAAUUUUCCUGUGGUUGUUCAGGACCGGCCUUGGAUGACGGAAGUGUCGUUGGGGACGAAGGAAGAUGAAGUCACAGAGUCGAGAAGAAGGCCAGAUCGAGAGAUAAGGCAUCACCUUAUCGCCGCCACAUGGUGAGUCGUCUGUCCCCUUGGCGACGCUGUAACAAUUUGAAGGGCUAAAGCUUUGAUUUAUGAUGACGACACAGAAUGUACCCCACCAAAUACUGCAAUCUCCGGCUAGGCUCGGCCUCCCAACUGCAAACUCACCUUCUAUUCAAAACCCUGCCUCUCCCAAUCCAUCCUCCGCCCAAGCCUCUCAAUCUCGCCCUCGCCAACACCCAAACCACACCUCGACCGCACUCAUUUCCCUCCUUCCCCCUCUCCCCAGAGCCCAGUCUCUCCUCACCCAAAUGGCCUCCCUUGCUUCCAGACUCUUUGAAGUCUCUCCCAAUCGCUCCCAAUGGGUUAGUUCCUUCCGCGGCUCUCUCCCUUCCUUCUUACCUUCUCAAACCCCACUGCUCGAGCCCUCCCCUUCUACCACCAAAGAAACCCUCUCCCUCUUCACUUCCCUUCAGUCGCAACUGUUUGAAGCCGUUGCAGAGCUUCAAGAAAUUCUUGACCUUCAAGAUGCAAAGCAGAGGAUCUCACAGGAUAUCCAGUCUAAAGAUUCUUCAGUUCUUGCUUUUGCCCGCAAGCUUCAAGAAGCGGUCCGUGUCCUUGACAUGCUAGUGGAUGACUACUCCGAUUAUCGCCGCCCGAAACGGGCAAAAUUGUCCGAUGAUGAGGACUCUUCGUUGACAACCGUGAACACCCAGAUCAAACUGUCGGAUAUAUUGUCGUAUGCUCAUAGGAUCAGCUACACUACGUUUGCUCCACCCGAGUUUGGCGCCGGACCAGGCCCACUCCGUGGAGCCCUCCCGCCGGCCCCACAGGAGGAGCACAUGCGUGCUUCUCAGUUGUAUAACUUUGCUGAUCACGACGUUGGUUUGCCCAAAACGGACGAGGUUAAGGAGAAGAUUGUCGACCCGCUCAUUGACCCAGCAAUGGAACUACCCGACCUCACAAAUAUUGUGGUGCCCGUUGGGUGGCAACCCGGAAUGCCCGUGGAACUGCCCAUCGAUAUACCCCUCCCUCCACCCGGGUGGAAACAAGGAGAUCCAGUCCCCCUGCCUCCACUAUCUGUCACUCAGAAGGUGGAGCAGCUGCUGGUGCCGCCCCCGCCGCCAGUUGUGCCUCUGCAAGGGCCGCCCAAGAUGCCGGAGGUCAUACAAGUGCGGCAUGUGCAGCUUGAUCUUGACGAUGACAGUAGUGACUACAGCAGUGAUGAUGAAGCCAGCUCUGAUAGCGAAGAUUGAUUUUUUUUAAAAAAAAAAUUGUAGAAGAAAAACGAAGCAUAUCUAUCUGCCUCCUCCCCUGCACCAUGGCUGUGGCGGCGGUGGCGGCGGUGGUGGUGAAGGGACAAAGAUGAGUUAAAUUGCCGAUUAUGCCCCUACGGGUGCGAGGGAAUUCGUCGUCUUAGAGGUUUUAUUCAAAAUGUAGUGAAGUGUUAUUCAUGUGUUGUGCCAAAGUCGAAUCUAUCAAUGCAGUAAUAUUAUACAGCAGUAACACAAGCCUCGGUCUCUUUAUUUUGUGGACUUUUUUUUGGGUGAAACGUUAGAAACUUUGAUCUAAUUUUACUACUGGGCAAAUAGGAGGAUUUUAUUUCAUUUGUUGCACACCAGUUUCAAGUACAAUGAUCUCUUAAAUAGAGAUUAAUUAGGGAGAUACAAAUAAUACAAUGAUUAAGCCCUAAGCUUCUAGGUAGUUUCCUCCCAAUUUCCUGUUAGCUUCCACCUAGCUUCCUGGCUUCACACUCAACACUUAUCAAUUCAAAAGGUUUUGGCCUAGAGUCUUUGGGUUCUGUAAAUGUUGUUUGAUGGACAUUUGCUUGGGGUGUGAUGAUAAAUCUUUGCCUUCGGUUCAAAAAAUAAUUGUUAUGCAAUCCAUAUAGGAUCUCCAUUCCAAAAUUUUGCAGAAGAGUUGUGAAUAUUUUUUUAUUAUUUGUUUUUACAUCUAAGAAGAUGAUAGGUUAUAUAGAUCAGAGAGGUUUUUACCCAAUUGUCUCAAACCAAGGGACAAAAGAAGAAGAAGAAAGAGUUGAUAACAAUCAUUUUUUGGAUGCAUGGAAAUGAAACAAACCAAAUCAAGCCAAAAUCUUGCAAAAAAAGAGUUAUUAUGAGCUCUCUGUACAGAAAAGUCUCCAAAAGGACUGAAUAUUUUUCAUUUGUUUUUACAUCUAAGAAGAAGAAAGAGAUUAUUGGGGUUUGAGAGAAUUGGGUAAAGAUCAAUAAAUACUCUUAAUAACAUGGAUGGAGCAUUAUGAGUCUUUCUUUGGGGGGGGGGGGGGGAAUGUCAAUUUUAACCUCAAUGAUGACAAGUUCAGAUCAUGGACACAAUCACUUACAGACAAUAUAUAUCAUUUAUUGAUAAUAGAUAGAAACCAGAGAUAGGAAAAGAUUAAAGAUCUAUCACAGUCUUCUUCUUCUUCUUCUUCAAUUCAUCUAUAUAUAUAUAUAUAUAUAUAUAUAUAUAUAUAUAUAUAUAUAUAUAUAUAUAUCAUUCCUUUUUAUUACCGGCGGCGGCGUCUUCUUUGUCAGGCUUAGUAGCUGCUGCUGCUUUUGGCUUCUUAUUCACACGAGGCUUCAGGAAGCAGAAACAAGAGCAACACGGACACUGGAACAAGA